CGGUUGUCCUGGGCUGGCACGCGCCACCAGGUCCCUGAGUAAAUACGGGAGAGAGUCUCCCGAGCACCGUAAAUAGAGUGCAAGUGGGCGGGGAACCGCCGUGCGACGCCUGCCCAUGUCGCUGCAGGGCCGCGUGUCCCGCCGCCUGGCACAGCUGCGCGUGGCGGGGCAGCUGUUGGUCUCUCGGCGCCCCUGGCCUGGCCCCCCGGCGGGGCCCUCAGGGAUCCGCGGCAGCGCGUCCCCAGGCGCGCGGAUCUCCGCGGGAGUUAGGGCUUGGGGGGCGGCGGCGGCCGGCCGGACGGCCGGGGUGCGCACCUGGGCCCCUCUGGCCAUGGCCGCGAAGGUGGAUCUGAGCACCUCCACCGACUGGAAGGAGGCAAAAUCCUUCCUGAAGGGCCUGAGUGACAAGCAGAGGGAGGAACAUUAUUUCUGCCAGGACUUCGUCAGGCUGAAGAAGAUCCCAACAUGGAAGGAGAUGGCAAAAGGGGUGUCUGUGAAGGCAGAGGACCCCAAGUACAAGAAGGAUAAGCAUCUGAAUGAGAAGAUCUCGCUGUUCCGCGGCGAUAUCACCAAGUUGGAGGUGGAUGCCAUUGUCAACGCCGCCAACAGCUCCCUGCUCGGAGGUGGAGGUGCUGGCCACCCUGAGGGCCGGGCCAACAAGAAGUCAGAGGUCAGCUGGGUUCAGCUGCCAGUGGACGGCUGCAUUCACCGGGCCGCCGGGCCCCUGCUUACCGACGAGUGCCGGACCCUGCAGAACUGCGAGACGGGCCAGGCCAAGAUCACGGGCGGCUACCGCCUACCGGCCAAGUACGUCAUCCACACGGUGGGGCCCAUCGCGCACGGAGAGCCCAGCGCCAGCCAGGCUGCCGAGCUCCGCAGCUGCUACCUGAGCAGCCUGGACCUGCUGCUGGAGCACCGGCUCCGCUCGGCGGCCUUCCCCUGCAUCUCCACCGGUGUGUUCGGCUACCCCAACGAGGCCGCGGCUGAGGUGGUGCUGACGGCGCUGCGUGAGUGGCUGGAGCAGCACAAGGACAAGGUGGACCGGCUGGUCAUCUGCGUCUUUCUCGAGAAGGACGAGGACAUCUACCGGCAGCGGCUGCCGCACUACUUCCCCAUGGCCUGAGGCUCCCGCAGCCCAGCCUGAGCAGGACUGAUCCCUGUGGGCCUGCAGGACCCCACUCCCAGCUCUGAGAAGUCCCUGAAGCCUGCAGCUUGGCAAGCUGGGCCACUCCAGCUUCUCCUCAGUGUCCUGCCCCACGGGAGCCUCCAAAUAAACAUCGCGGUGCACUUCCCA